AUGCGUAUUCCGCUGCGAGUGCGGGCAGAGGUUGUCGACUGUAAUUGUACCGGAGGAAGCGCGUUGGGGCAGGCCACCGAAAGAGCUUGUGAUUAUACGCGAGAGAGUGUUUUCUAUCGGACCUCCGCCAUUCUAAUGAAUAGAAUGUACGGACGGGUAAUCCGGAAUACUACUCGUCGUAUGCGCCUACCACAGAGGGUGCAGAGCAUGAUGGAUCGAGCGGCUUUGCUGCAGCGCCAGCUCCUGCAGACAUUCAGCCUCACUUUGGAACAUGACCAGGACAUACAAGGGGAUGCGCAGGCGUCCUUUGACCUCUGGCGGGAACGCUCUUCGAGUUCUUUCUAUGAUGUCAAUCCCCGGGCUAUCGUCUCUCAGGCCUCCUCGUGCAGAGCGCCGCACAACUCGCCCUACGCGCUGCUACACGACAACCUCUGUGUUCCCGCCUUGCACGCCCGUGUUGACGUAAUGGAUGGGGUUCAGCGACUGCUUCUGCACGCCUUUGGCGUCGCCUCCAAAUUUCACCAGGAUAUCGGAGGAGAGUGCGGACGCAGAGUGAUCCUGCGCCAAGCAGCCUCUCGCUGCCCUCCGCAAGCCAGUGCGAGCUUGUCAUUGUGGACCCUCAAGCAUCCAGUGGCUCGUUCAGCCACUAUCGGGUCUGCCACGGGCAAAUUAGGAAUAUUUUUGCGCACAGGCUGCUAG